GGUACCUGCACUUACACUAUGUCAACAGUUGCAAAGCCAGCACCUGACCUUCAGCCUUUCACUGUGAUGACCACGAACAACCACCGAGGUAACACUCGAGUUGCAUACGUGAGGACCGUAACUGUCACUGUUCACGGGCACACCAUUAUCAUCUCCAGUCAAAAAGGACAAGUAAAGGUGAAUGGAGAACUUCAGUACUUGCCUGUAUGUUUGUCGGGCGGCAAGGUCUCUGUAAAGCAGAGUGGAAGCUACGCUGUACUCACCACUGACUUCGGCCUGACUGUAAAAUAUGACUGGAACGUGAGGCUGUACAUCACAGUGCCAUCUUCCUACUAUCAACACCUCGGAGGCCUCUGUGGAAACUACAAUGGAGACAGGAGCGAUGACCUGCCUGAACCAAAUGGCGCCAGUCUCUCUGCUGUGCUGAAGAUGAUCCAGAAGUGGAAGUCCGAUGAAUCCGAUCGGUUCUGUAAUGAUAACUGUGCCGGGCACUGUCCCAUUUGUACAAAAGAGAUGCAAGCCCACUACAGCAAGCCCCACCUCUGUGGGAUUCUGUCAAAGUCAGAUGGGCCAUUUUCAGCCUGCUACGAUAAGGUCGAACCCUCCAUGUACCUGGAGAACUGUGUCUACGAUGUCUGUACCACUAAAGGUGCCAAACAGACUCUCUGUGAAAACCUGAAGAGUUAUGCUGAUGACUGCCUGUCAGAGGACGUGAAAGUUGACCCUCAGUGGAGAAUGAUUACCAAAUGCCUACCUAAUUGCCCCAAAGGUAGCCAUUAUGAGGCGUGUGGUACCCCCUGCCCUGCCACCUGCGUGUCCCCAGACAUCAACAAGCUGUGCAAAGGCUCCUGUGUGGAGGGGUGCCAGUGUGAUGAAGGAAUGGUGCAAAGUGGAGACAGAUGUGUUCCUGUGCAUAGCUGUGGAUGUAAGAAUGGAGGCAAAUAUUACCCACCAGCCACCACUUUCUGGGGUGAUAACACCUGCACCUCUAAGUGUAAAUGCCAGGAAGGGAAAGCCGAG